AUGUUCAGACAAUCUAAGAAGAGGGUUUCCAAUAGGAGAAACUUUGCGGAUAAGAAAGAUGAGAUCUCCGGACAGUUUAUCUUAGGUGGUACCACAACUGAGGAAGAGCAAAAACUGUACGAAUCGCUAUACAGUUCGAAAUUGUCAUUUUAUGAACUGCCACCACGAGGAGAAAUCACAUUAGAUCAAUUUGAAGUAUGGGCAAUUGAUCGUUUGAAGGUUUUAUUAGAAAUCGAGUCAUGUAUUCAGAGGAAUAAGACAAUGAAAGAGAUGGAAAUGGUUGUCAAGCCUUUGCUCCAGAAACUCCUUCCUUUCCAUACGGAUGCUUUACAGGAUCGUAAAAAGGAUUACUACUCUCACUUUAUUCUUCGUCUUUGCUUUUGCCGCUCUAAAGAGCUGAGAGAGAAAUUCAUUAGGUCUGAGACCAUGCUUUUAAAGAUACGAUUCAAUAUGAUGACUUCACAAGAUCAAACGCGGUUUGUACAAUCACUCCACUUGCCCAUGUUGCAAUUUAUAUCCGAGGAAGAAAAAAGUGAGCUUUCCACACAACUAUAUCAAACGAUUUCUGGAGCGUUGCAAUUCCAAUUGAAUUUAAGCGAUGAAUCGCAGCGCAGACAAUAUUUUCAGCAGGAAAAAUUUAUCAAACUGCCAUUUGAGUCCGUUAUAGAACUAGUUGGCAGCCGACAAGUAUUUAUUAAAAAGGGAUUUGCCUAUCUACCUCAAUUCCAGCAAUUGAACCACAUUGCAAAUGAGUUUUCAAAUAUGCUGUCGGUAGAAUUGGCUAAAACUUACCAAAAUUUGCCACGGCUUAAUGAGGACGACCGUCUUUUGCCAAUUUUGCAUCAUUUGUCAUCUGGGUAUGCGGUUGCGGAUUUCCAACAAGAGGAUCAAUGGGGCCAGGCGUCCCAAGGUGAAAUAACCGCGAAAAGCGUUUACACGGAUAAGAUCAGCAGCAAUUUCCCAUUGUGCGCUCGCAAUCUCAUGGCUGGAUUAAAGAUCAACCAUCAUUUGAGAUAUCAAGGUCGUCAACAGCUUUCCUUUUUCUUGAAAGGUAUUGGUAUGAGCGUUGACGAGGCCCUGAAAUUCUGGUCUGAAGCGUUCACGAAUGGCGGGCACCUCACGAUGGACAAAUUCAACAAAGAGUACCGUUACAAUUUUAGACACAACUACGGUUUAGAAGGUAAUCGGAUUAAUUACAAACCUUGGGAUUGUCGUACUAUUCUAUCGAAACCUAGGCCCUCGCGAGGUGAGUUCCACGGUUGUCCUUACCGGGAUUGGAACGUGGAUAAGCUCACUUUAGAGUUAUCGCAAGGGAUGAAACUGACCCCCACACAGGUGACAAGUGUGCUGGAUAGCGUGCAACGCACGGAAUAUACAGUCGCAUGCACCAAAGUGUUUGAAAUAACGCACGGGGGGCAGACGAAUGCGGAGGUGAACGACCAGACCCACAUUGCGCAUCCCAACUUGUACUAUGAACGGUCGCGCGCAUGGCAGAAGAAGAAAGAAACUGUAAGUACGUAG